UAUUCCAACAUAAAGUUGUUUGAUAGUCCAAACAUAGACUGAUAGAGAUAGGCCAAGCAUAGAGAGCGAAGCGAGUCCCUAUUAAUUAAACAGUGGAAACGUAUAUCCCUUUUGAUUGUUGAUAUUGGAUUUUGUGGUAGAUUGGCCUGGAGAGUACAAGUGUCAUGAAUGUGAUUAUCCUAGAAGUUGGUGCAGUGAGCUUAAUAGAGUGAAGAGUGAAGAAGGGUCAGACUGUUAGAUCAGAGAUCUCUAGCUCUGUGGUUAGAUAAUAGAGCACUCUGGUUAGAUCGCCGUAGCUAUUUUUUAAACUGCUGACUAGACAAAAAAACAGCACAGACUCUUGUCUGUUCGCACGUGACUCAACUUCUUUCCCUACGAAAAUUGGUCCCCCAAAAAACCCGAUUUUGGGGAACAAUUAAUUUUUACAAAAUUGGCAUCCCGUGAAUCACUAAUCAUGGAACCUCAAGAUCAAGACCUGCUCAGUCUCCCCACAGAGGUACUGAUCAAGAUAACUGACACUCUGACUGGUUAUGAGAAACUGUGUCUCCGUAUCUCCUGCAAGAGAUACGGAGACACAUUCUAUUCCAUCCUCAGCGACCCUCGUGCCUGGAACUCCCUGGUGUGGAAAGACUGCCGCAGAAGAGAUGAAGACUUCAAGGCUCUCAGGCUAUUGUUGGGACUGUCUUGUUCCUAUGUUCAAAAUAUUUAUGUAUCGUAUAAUCCUAACUCGCUAAAAUUUCCUCUUUCUAAGUUUAUCCCCAAAAUCCACAGCUGUAAACAAGUCCGAUAUCUCUCACUGAUUGGCAUGCCUAUAACGCUCUCAAUGCUGGAAAAACUGCUCUCUGCACUGCCGUCUCUGUACUAUGUCAAUGUAUCAGUGAGGCAAAAGCUUGAAGUUAACCAGAUCGUUUGUGCAGCCUCCAAAAUACAGCACCUUCAAAUAGUACGCAUUACUGAAACGUCUACAGUUAAUUUUCGUGCCGCACAUUAUGUACCACUAGCUGUUCAACAUUGGAGGGAGAAUAACUAUUUGCCGCCAAAUCUGGAGUUUAGUGUUUCAUACAUUUCCUUUGAAGUUGUCCUUGGCCAACUAACAAGUUGUGACCACCCAGCUCUUCUUUCAAUUUAUUCCAAUUGUUCGCCAGUUGCUGGAAAUAUGAUAAAUAAAUACCCAAUCCUAAAGGUGUCGUUACAUCCGAGCGUCGAAAUUGUGACAUGUCCUGCUAAAUCAGUUUGCUCAUCUUGUCAUGCCUCGUAUUCAUUGGUUCUAUCUCCAAGUAAUGAUCCUGUCAGUGCAAUAGUGUACAAAUCAGGCAUCCCUUCACCCGGCCUCACUGUCUCAUUUUUACCCCCCAGCAUCAAAUACCUCUCUUUGGCUGGAUUAAAGGAGCUAUCUUCUACUGAUCUUACGUUGCUCUCUGAGUCUUGUCCCAUUCUGGUCUGUUUUGAUAUUAGUCGUUGUGAGAAUGUCCUUCUCAAUCUACAAGGAUUGGCUGACAUUAGCUCAAAUUGCUCAGGAUUGGUUGCUCUGAAUCUCAAGGGUAUUGACAAAGUCGAAAGUAUGGCCUCUCUCUGGGAAGUGCUAGCAGUGAUGAAGAAACUUCGCUAUUUGGCAUUAAAGAAUUGCUUGUGUGUUCCUGACAGAAGUGUUACACCUCCAAGUACUAUCGGUGAACGUGUGUCCCACUUACCCCCGUUUGACGUGCAAAGUCGUUCUCGUAUUCACCUUAGUGUAGUACGGAUGAAUUUGUUUUCACUUGAAAUUGACUAUAGUCAGAAUGUUUACAAACCCCUUCCACUUGAUUUUGAAAUGCUUUUGCCAGCUCUGGUACGGGUGCAGCACUUAAGAAUCCUAACCAACUCAAACGGAACAGUCGAUCUUACCAAUAUCCUACCAAAUCUACCGUCUCUCACUUAUAUGGCCAUUAGAUCACAGGAUAGUUUACCGCAAUUGACUUUACCCACGGACCCAGACUGUUACUCUUCUUUGAAAAAAAUGUACAUCUAUUGUUUGUCAGAAAUCACUGCUCAGUCUGAAGUUUUUAAAGCCCUCUCUCAGUCUCGAUCUCUGACACACCUGUGCCUGAGUAUGACAGACGCUGAUCAUUUUGUUAACUCUGAAUUGAGUAAUUUUCGUCAUCUCUGUGAGUGUUAUGUGAUGUGUAGAUAUAUGCCUGGACAACAAUCACAGGCACUGUACUGCUAGAUGCAAAAGGAAUAUGUGGAUCAGUGAAGUCUAUACAAACAACAAGACAAAUGUAUUUAAGGCAAAUUCAAUUUCUUGAUCAAGUGGAAGAUGUAAGAUCACUAUUUCGUUUUCAACGGACUUAAUUUGUGUUAAUGGCAUGCAUUGUAUCAGGACUCCAGGAGUACAGUUUGCUGCUAUAGCUGUAUACGUGUCUUUACUCUCUAUAAUUAUAUAUAGGUAGAGGCUUGACACUUCAUUCAUAUGGUGUAAAUGUAUACAUGUAAUCAUAGUGGCAAAUUCAUGUUGAAAUAAUACAAAACUAAUUGUCAAGAAUAAAAGAGUAUGACCAUGCAUAAUUAUUAUUAAGUCGGGGCCUGCA